CAAAACCCAGCGAUAAUGACAUAUACUCCAUUCAUUACUCAAAACCAAACUUCACAAUGGGCAACACAAACUCAACAAAACCCCAACAAGAACAACCCCCACCCCCUUCCCAACCCGAACCCGACGACGAUCCCUUUACCUGCGAAAUAUGCAUCGAACCCGUGUUAUCAAACAACAAAUUCCGCAACAACAGCCUCUGCGUUCACCCGUUCUGCGUCGACUGCAUAACCAAGUAUCUACAACUCAAAAUCAAAGACGAUCGAGUCGCUGGUAUCAAGUGCCCCGGACUAAACUGCGACCGGUUGCUGGACCCACUCCGCUGCCGGACCCUAAUACCUCCGGAAGCGUUCGACAAGUGGUGCGACCUGCUAUGCGAGAAGGCCCUGUUGGGGCUCGACAGAUGUUACUGCCCGAACCGGCGGUGUUCGGCCGUGGUGGUGAACGAGUGUGGGGGGGUGGUGAAGAGAAGCAUGUGUCCCAAUUGUAAGAGGCUGUUUUGCUUUUCCUGUGAGUUGCCGUGGCACGCGGGGUACCGGUGCGAGGAGAGUGGGCAGCUGAGAGAUGAGAAUGAUGUUGAGUUUGGGGUUCUUGCUGAGAGGAAGAAGUGGAUGAGGUGCCCACAGUGUCACCAUUGUGUUGAGCGAGUUCGUGGUUGCUCCAUUGUUAAGUGCAGAUGUGGGAGCCUUUUCUGCUACAAUUGUGGAUGGGAUGUUCUUCGACAAGGUUGUGGCUGCAACAAAGGAGCUUAUAGACCUGGGGUUGGUACAGUUCGUACUAGUAUCAUUUGUGCAAUUCUCUAUCUGCUACUAUGUAUGUUUUGGUACUAUAAUUAUCGCAUGUAA